GGAAAUCAAUUAACAAGAAUUACAUUAGGGCAAAUUUAUUUAUAAAGUAAAUUAGGAAAGGGGUGAUAUGGAGAUGAAGAGGUGUGUCUCGUGAAGCAGACAAGAAAUAGAGAAAGAGAAACCAGAGUAAGAGCAGCCAGAGAUCAAACCCAGGAACAUUUCUGCUUAAGCACAUUUUUAUACAGAGUGAGAAAGAAAGAUCGAAAAAAUGUCACGUUCUGAAAGGUUGGCAGAGGAUGAAACAAAGUAUGAUUCUUUAGCCCAUCGAUUCCGCGACUCACUGAGUUGCAAGCACGAGGAGGAUAACAACAGUAUCUAUGAAAAGAACAAGCCGGAUUAUAGAGAACUCGAUCUGGGUGGUUCACCAGUAUCUACAUUGAAGAAUCGUGCCUCGGUCAGCAAUGGCGUUACCAGCUCCAGCAGCAGCUCGAGCUCUUCCGGUUCAGUAACGAGAAAAUCCAGCAAUAACACCCAAUUGCCCAAACAACCCGACGAUGGCGCAAGAAGUCAUUCUGGUGAGCUCUCCGGCUUGUCUGAAACCAGUCCAGCAGCACCCGAAGCUCACCGAUCCGGCGCGAAUACCAGCAAUUUGAAACCGGGUCAUCGGAGAUCCGUCUCCGCGGGAGCCCCGUUGAUCUAUUCGGGUUCAAGUUUCGGUGCCGUUAGCAGCAGCCAUUGUAGUGGUGCCACUUCGGCUCACCCAAAUUCAGGAGCUAAUUUACUGCCUAGUGGCAACAUUUGCCCAUCUGGCAAGAUCCUGAAGACUGGCAUGGCGAGUCGGUCCCAAAGCAGGUCGGACACGUUGGCUAAAGGCACAGGGAACUACGGACAUGGCAGCAUAAUGCGCGCCGGCGGUAGCGGCAGAGCUAAAUUGGGUAGUGGAGGAAAUUUAGGAGGCGAUGCAGAGGAGUUGAAGAGGGCAGGAAACGAGAUGUAUAAAAAGGGGAACUUUGUAGAAGCAUUGGCCUUGUAUGACAAGACAAUAUUGCUCUCUCCAGAGAAUGCGACAUACCGGAGCAAUAGGGCGGCCACAUUGACUGCUCUGGGAAGGUUGGGUGAGGCUGUGAGAGAGUGCGAGGAGGCGGUGAAGUUGGACCCUUCCUAUGGCAGGGCACACCAGAGAUUGGGCUCUCUUUAUCUCAGGUUAGGGUGGGUAGAAGAUGCAAGGCGCCACCUCUGUUUUCACGGGCAACAGCCCGAUACAGAAGAGCUGCAUAAGUUACAGUCUUUGGAGAAACAGCUGAAGCGAUGUUCUGAUGCAAGGAAGAUUGGGGAUUGGAAGAGUACAGUGAGGGAAAGUGAUGCAGCCAUCACAAUGGGAGCGGAUUAUUCUCCUCAGAUCGUUGCUUGCAAAGCCGAAGCCCUUUUGAAGCUUCAUCAAAUUCAAGACGCAGAGUCCACUUUAUCCAAUAUUCCAAAACUUGAACACUCUCCUCUGGCAAAUACCAAGUUCUUUGGCAUGGUUUCUGAAGCUUAUGUGCUAUACGUCCAAUCCCAGCUUGAGAUGGCACUAGGAAGAUUCGAGAAUGCAGUUUCAGCUGCUGAGAAGGCUGUGCGAAUUGAUUACACCAAUAUAGAAAUUGCAAAGGUGUUAAACAAUGUUAAAAUGGUGGGGGUAGCUCGUACCAGUGGCAAUGAUCUUUUCAAUGCUGGAAGAUAUGCUGAAGCAUGCGCAGCAUACGGGGAAGGCCUCAAAUAUGAUAUCUUUAACUCUGUGCUUUAUUGCAAUAGAGCUGUUUGUUGGUCUAAGCUCGGACUAUGGGAGAAAUCAAUUGAGGAUUGCAAUCAAGCCCUUAGGAUCCAUCACAACUACACCAAGGCACUUCUUCGGAGGGCCGUCUCAAAUGAAAAGCUUGAACGUUGGGUAGAAGCUGUAAGAGAUUAUGAGGUCUUAAGGAAGGAACUUCCUGGAGACAAUGAGGUAUCCGAAUCAUUACGAUGUGCGAAAAUUGCAUUGAAGAAAUGUCGCGGAGCAGAUGUGAAUAACAUGAAAGUCAGUGGUGUAGUAGAGGAAAUUCGUACCAUGGAUAAAUUUAAAGCUGCAAUAUCAUUGCCUGGUAUUUCAGUAGUUCAUUUUAAAGUGGCAUCAAAUAGAGAAUGUGAAGAUAUAUCUCCAUUCAUAAAUAUACUAUGCAUUCGUUAUCCAUCCGUUAGUUUCUUUAAGGUUGAUGUGGAUGAAAGCUCAGUAGUAGCGAAAGCGGAGAGCAUACGAGAUGUUCCGGCAUUUAAGAUUUACAGGAACGGAAACAAGGUGAAGGAGAUGAUUUGCCCUAGUCAUCAGUUCUUGGAAGAUUCAGUGAGGAGUUAUUGCCUAUAGAUGCGCAUUCUAUUACGGCUCAAAUCCGCAGAGCUGACGUGCAACUGUGUAUUCACCUUCAGUCGUCAGGUCCUCAUAGAAUUAUCAGUUUUACCUAUUACAUAAUCUACUGCAUAAUAUUUUUUUUUCAGACCUUCAAAGCAGAGAAGCCAUGGCAGAGGUAGAAUUUUUCUUUUCCAAUUCAUAUUCUUCAAAUUAUCAUUCCACCUUUUUGAUGUCUUUUUUUUUUUUUUUUUGUACCCACAAAUUCUUGUGAUAGUUUUUCAAAUAAGUUACCUUUCCAUUUCUUUAUAGCA